GGUGGGGUUUGGGCUGUGUUAUGUUGUGCAUGCGCCCUCGCGUGCGGGAGGCCCUGGGGUGGGUGAUCCGCCGAGGAUGACCCCUCGGGCGUGGCGCAGGAUGCAGCAGGGGGCCGACUAGAGGGGCCUGGCUGGGGCAUCCAUCUGGGAGCAGUAGCACGCGAGGUGGGAGCAGAUUAGAGGGGAGGGGGGAUAGAUCCGCGUCUGGAGUGCUGGGUAGCAGAAGCGGCGGCGGUGAGGUAGUUCGGAGGAGCGGCGGGUAAUUUUUUUGGGGGCGUUGGGAAAGGGGUUGCGGUUGUAGGUGGCCUGCGAAGGGUGGUGGAACAGGUUAGGAUGAGUGUUUGAGCGAGAGGGCGACGGGGAGGAGGGAGGGAGGGAGGGAGGGGGGGGAGUAGCCCUGCGAGUGAGUCCGCAUGCAUGGCGUCGAUAGCCGUGUUGAAUCAUGAGCGGCACGCGAACCCUUACUCCGUAGGGGCGGACGAUAUGAUGAAGAAGGGGCCGAAGAUGGCGAAGGUGGGCGCGGACGUGUCGAACGAGCCCCGGGCUUUGAAACGGAAGUCGAUGAGUUUGAACCAGGAGUAUGUGCAGGGGCCGGCGGGCGUGAUGACGGUGGACGUGGCGAAGCUGAGCCGCGAGCAGAGGAGCGAGUUGCGGAAGAAGCUGAAGCGGGGGCUGGAGGAGGUUCGGACGGUGGGGUGCAAGAUCGAGGCGUGGCUGGAGGUUCUUGCGAAGGGGAGGCAGCGGGCGGGGGGGUUGGGAUCGGAGAGCAAGCAGCAUUCGCAGGGGAGCGAGGCUAAAUCGGGUCGGGGGGCGGAGACGUGGCAGGGGAGGAAGGAGGUGGCGUCGGUGGUGUCGGAUCCGGCGUCGUCGUCGGGCGAGACGCCCCGAGACAUGCCGAAGGAGAUGUCGCAGAGGGAGGCUCGGCUGGCGCGUCAGGCGAGCGUGGCGGUACCGGAGGCUUCGGGCGGGACGCCGAGCGAGAAGAUGAAGCGGACGCCGAAAGCGAACGCGCUGUACGUGAACUCGGAGUUCGUGUCGGGGAAGGACAAGAUGCCGGCUCCGGAGAAGGCGAAGGCGAAGAGGGGGGUGGGGGAGAAGGGGACCCUUGAUGGGAGGGACCCUCGGCGGCAGAAGGUGGAGGCGGCGCGGGGCAAGAGGAUGGGCGAGAUGUUGAAGCAGUGCAUGACGCUGCUGCGGAAGCUGAUGACGCACAAGCACGGGUGGGUGUUCAACGAGCCGGUGGACGCGGAGAAGCUGGGGCUGCACGACUACCACUCGAUCAUAAAGAAGCCGAUGGAUCUGGGGACGAUCAAGAAGAAGCUGCACCUGAAGCAGUAUGCGUCGCCGUUGGAGUUCGGGGAGGACAUUCGGUUAACGUUUUCGAAUGCGAUGACGUACAACCCGGUGGGGCACGACGUGUACGUGAUGGCGGAGCUGCUGAAGAACAUGUUCGAGGAGUGGUGGAAGAACAUGGGGAGGAAGGUGGAGGAGGAGAGGAGGCGAUGCGGGAAGGAGGAGGAGAUGCUGGCGAACGACGAGGACUCGGUGGAGGAGAGCGGGGAGGUGCGGAGGGGGGAGAGGGAUGUGGUGUCGUUGACGCGGGGGAAGGCGAGCUCGCGGAUGGGUUCGCAGCCGAAGCCGCGGCCGGAGGAGGUGGGGAAGAGAGCGAUGACGUUCGAGGAGAAGAGGAAACUGAGCGUGAACUUGGAGAGGCUUCCGGGGGACAAGCUGGAGCGGAUUGUACAGAUCAUAAAGAAGAGGAAUCCGGAUUUGGGGCAGAACGAGGACGAGAUCGAGGUGGACAUAGACUCGUUCGACAACGACACGCUGUGGGAGCUGGAUCGGUUCGUGACGAACUACAUGAAGAGCAGGGGGAAGAGGGCGAAGUCGAAGGCACAGGCGCAAUACGGGGACGUUGAGAUGGCGGAAGCAGGCGAUGGGGAGGGGCGCAGAGGUGGAACUGGCGGGGAAGAGGGUGAGAGGGAUGUAGAUAUCGGCGACGACGUGGGCGCGACGAAAUUCGCGCCGGUAGUGAUCGACAACGGGAGAGAAUCGAGCAGCUCGGGGAGUGACAGCAGCGACUCGGGGAGCUCGGACAGUGAUUCGGAUUCCGGGAGCUCGUCGGGGAGUGAAUCGGAUGCCGAGGAUGGGCAGACUGGUGGUGGUGGUGGUGGUGGUGGUGGGGGUGGAGGUGGAGGCAAAGCAUCACAUGACAAGUUUGGGAAUAAGCCGGUGGAUAAGCUGCGAAAGUUAGGGGGUUCUGGGGCGUGGUGUGGGAUGGAAGAGGUGAAGGUGGUGGUUUUGGAGAGCGGGGGGUUGUGGAUGCGAGCGAAGGACGGGCGUGGUGACGGAGGAUGGGGGGGGGGUGUGUUUUUUGUGGAUGCAGGGGACGGUGGGGCGAACGAUGGGGAGGGUGUGGUCGUGAGGGUGGCGGCGCAGGAGAAGAGCAGUUCGGGGCGGCAACUAUCGCCGCAGCAGCAGUUGCGGGCAGCCCUACUGAAAGGGCGAUUCGCGGAUCUAAUAGUGAAGUCUCAGGAGAGGGCGCUUCUGGAGAAGAAGAACGAGAAAGUGGACCCGGAGAAGUUGAAGAGGGAUCGGGAGGAGAUGGAGAGGAGGCAAAGAGAGGAGAAGGCGAGGCUGCACGCAGAGGCGAAGGCAGCGGAGAUGACGAAGAGGAAGGCGGAAGCGGAGGCUGCGCUACUGGUGAGGCAAAAGAGGGAGGCGGAGCGCGAAGAGGCUCGUAGAGAGCUGCAGCAGAUGGAGAGGACAGUGGAGAUAGACGAGAACAGCGGAAUACUGAAGGAUUUGGAAAGGCUGCGGUCGGUACCGUUGGAGGCGAUGUUGGGAGGAGGGCACGAUGCGGGGAACGGGGAUGAGGGGUCGGCGGAUGGUUCAUCGACGAUCGCGUUGCAGGGCGGGAGCAAUCCGCUGGAGCAGUUGGGGCUGUACAUGAGGAACGACGACGACGAGGAGGAGGCGCACGAGGAGGAGGAGGGGGAGAUGGACGGGGAGUCGGCGCAGGCGGUGAAGACGGACGAAGAGGACGAGGUGGUGGACGUGGAGGACGGCGAGAUCGACGUGGAAUAGGCGGGGGGGGGGAUGGGAGGGGAGGGGAUGGAGGCGUGAGGCACGGGGUAAUAGGGUCUUGGUUGCGGGUUCUGUCGUAGCAAUGAAACAGGUAUACGGAAGAGCUGGGAGAGCUCGGUACCUGGCGGAGGUACGGAGAGCUGCCAGGCAUUGUACAAUGGAUAUGUAUGAAGAGAGACCCCAGGACGGUAGGAGUCCGUCCCGCCCAGCCCAGCCGAGGUGAGGGUGUGGAUAGGGUAGGAAACGGUGGGGCUUUUGUGAUGUAAAGGGUGGGAAAGGGGGGAAAUUGAAGAAGAGGAUGUGAAACGAGGAGAUUGGAAUAGGAAUGGAGGGGAAUGUACAUGAAGACGGCGUGGAUGCGUGUGGUGUGGUGUGGUGUGGUGUGGUGGAAUGGCUUGUGGGUGGAGAGAUAGGGUGUGAAUGGUAGUGCGUUUGGAUUUGAUAUCGGUGAGCGAGUUGAUCGUAUUCCGAUAGAGCAGGAUGUGGGCCUGGUUUGGGGAGAGAUUGGGUGUAUUGUGAUGAUGUUUGUGGUGUGGGGAUGAGGUAGUGUGCGUGUGUUACCACCGGUCGCUUUGACGGAGGACGGAAGAACAAGGGUAUGUAUGGAAUGUGGUGUGCGGGUUAUGUGGGAUGGAAUUGUAACUGGAAUGGUGCGUUAGGGGACGUAGAGAAUGUAGAACGUAACUUAUGAAUAACACAUUAUGAACUUUUUUAAUGGGUUUA